AUGAAAACUGACCGGGACCAAUGUGAAAAAUUUUUAGUCCCGGUCCUGGGACCACUUUGCAGUUCCCUAGGUAAAAGAAAGAAAUUAUAUGAUGAAAUGGUCAAAUCGAUUAUUGAUUUGAUACCGAAUUUCGAUCCAGUUAAUGUGAAAUUGGACUUUGAACAAGCGGCUAUUGGUAGCAUUGAAACGAAAUUUCCACAUACCAAUAUUAGUGGAUGUUUUUUUCAUCUGUGUCAGUCUGUCUAUCGAGCCGUCGUACGUUUUGGACUUAAAACAGAUUAUUCUGACGAUCCGCUUCUAGCUCAACAAAUUCGAGCUCUUCCUGCUCUGGCUUUAUUGAAUACGGACGACGUUAUCGAUACAUUUGAAGAAUUGAAACAGCAAUUUCCGAUCCAAAGAAAACCUGUCUUGGAAUACUUCGAAAAAAUCUACAUCGGUGAACACAAUCGAGCAAGUCGACCGCGGAAAAGACCUCAAUUUAAUGUGAAACUUUGGAAUGUCCAUCAAGGUACUUUACGAGGUGGUCAUCGAACAAACAAUAUGCUCGAGGGAUGGAACAACCGAUUUGCAUCGCUAGUCGAUCGUACACAUCCGAACAUUUGGAAAUUUCUGAAUUCGUGGAAAAAAGAACAACUUAUGGUCGAAGCCGAAUUAAUUCAAGCUGAAGCCGGGGUUAGACGACCAAAACGUUUGGUGACAGAACGUCAACAAAAAAGAAUUUUAAACAUUUUGAAUGAGUAG